UUGUGUCUUAAUGAAUGCUAGUCAGCACACUUAGGUUGCUCAAUUCGUCACCUUGCUGUCGACCUUUAAUCUUGAGCCCACAGAUACUCCGUUUUCUAUCGUCCUAAAGUGAUAUCUCCACCACGAAGCGAACAUCGCUCCUGAAGUAGCUUUUGAUAGCCAGUCCCUUCGAGACUUCAACCCCUCUGUCGAUCACACUCUUCGGAAGCAAAAAAAUGCUCCAUACCUUUUCCGCCGUUUACCUUGCCUUUAUCCUGGCGCUAUGCACCACAGUCUCAAGACAUCCCUCCACCGCCACGGAAUUGGUACCUGUCCGGGAGAGCCAUCCUAAUAGCACCAUGCAUAUAUGGCGCCCGUACACAGUGUACUUUGUUGGCGACAGGCACUUCGACCCCCUCCAACGAGUUGUACCCAGAUCCGGAAAUAUUACGCAGUUUGACCUAUAUGCACAGUCAUAUCUAAAUAUGGUUUCGUACAACUUCAGAGAAAUGUUCCAUGGCUGUGAAGUCAAAAUCAAGGUCAUAGGAACACGUGUUUUCACCGUUCAGGAAGAAGAAUUAUACCUGCCCAAAGUUGUGAAAGACGGACAGAUAUAUGUUGAUCUGCGAAAUCUAACAUUCGAGGAAUUUUUCGCACUGAAUCCCGAAGUCGAGUCUGCAGAUAUAGUGGUUUUUAUCACUGGGCACACUUUACUAUCUCGCAACUAUGACUAUGCUUUAACAGUGUACUCCCCAGACGAGUCCAGAAUUUGCACUCGGGACAAAUACAUUGUGCUCACUGAUCAGGCCUUUAGUUACUCCGCAUGGGAUGACCUUACAGAGAUGCUGAGAAGGAAGAUGGGAGUUGCAGACCUCUAUACUUCCGGGAAUGUUUGCCUCCGAUUUCGGAACGCAUACAGACAAUCUCUUACCGGGAAUGCGGUUUCAAAUGGAGAGCCCGUCCUCUGUUACAACACAAUAAACACAUGCUGUCUUCCCGAUUUCUACGGAAUAUACAACCUACGCAGAGAACCUCUUUGCAAGCGUUACAACUCCUGGGAGACAGCUAACAGAGAUACGUAUAGGAUCGACGAUGAGCCCGUGUGCUGGACCACAUGCCAAGAUGAACAAGGACAUAUAGUGCCAGCUCCAGCACACGAAGGAAAGGUGAAGAGUGCGAUGCCCGAGCAUUGGGGUAACACAUAUGCAGGGGUACCCGAUGUGGAUGUAGGGUACAUAUGCCGGUUCAUGUGCGCAAAUCAACGGUCUAGAGCGGGACGUUCAGCACGCGUAGGACAGGCUAACACAGAUACGGAACUGUCCGACGUGGAUGCAAGUUACAGAUGUCACACCAGUUGCAUGCACCCAGUAGGAAAAUUAGUGCAUCCAUCUCCGGCACCCGUGGGAACGGUGAAGAGUGCGACGUCCGAGUAUUGGACCCGAUCUCUACUUUGCCCUUCAGACGACGAUGAGAUCUGCAACCCAGAUGGGUUUCAUCAUCAUCGUACAUACAAGCAUUUCAAAAAGGCAAUCAUCAAUGCGUGGGAAUUGGACGACUACGAAGUUCCAGAAACAGAUGUGACAUUCUGCAUGCAAUAGGGAACACUGUUUUCAGGAGUCAGAAUAAAGGUUUGCACAGUGCGUUCAUAACGGAAAUUGUUGAAGCAUGAUGUAUGUUUCAAUAAAAGAAAGAAAAAAGGAAUCGCACAAUC